UUGGCUGGCAUUGCAGCCACCUUGGUCUUCAUCUUCAUCGUACUUCAUGCACUGGAGCCAUCGCACACGAGGCCACCAGCCUUUGUUCCCAGCAGUUUUGACUGGUCGCAAGUCCCCCUAUUUUACCCGCCUCGCACAAUCAAGGCCCUCCCGACGGGCCGGCCAUCGCCGCUGCCCCCAAUUCAAGCCCCCGCCAGCGCUUUUGACCAGCGCCCUGACCGACGGCGCGACGCUGUCCGCCGCGCCUUCAAGCGCAGCUGGGACGCCUACAAGGAACAUGCUUGGCUACAGGACGAGCUGAAGCCCAUCUCUGGGGGUGGCAAGCGCAGUUUUGGCGGCUGGGCUGCCACCAUGGUCGACAGUCUUGACACUCUCUGGAUUAUGGGCUUACAUGAUGAGUUUGCCGAAGCCAGCUGGGCCGCCGGAUCCAUCGACUUUGCCGACACCAAGGACGGCGCUGCAGACUUAUUCGAGACAACGAUCCGCUACCUGGGUGGGCUUCUGUCAGCCUACGAUCUGAGCGGCAAUGAGGCGCUGCUGAAAAAGGCCAAGGAGCUGGGGGAUAUGCUACACAGGGGGUUUGACACACCGAAUAACCUUCCCGGGUACUGGAUGAACUUUCGCGACGCCCUCGAGGGGACGCAGAAAGCUGGUGUGCGCGACCCGUCGGCUGUGCCUGCGUCGUUGUGCUUGGAAUUUACGCGUCUGUCGCAGAUUACUGGCGACCCACGAUACUACGCGGCGACUGAUAAGGUAACGCGGUUCCUCGAGCGCAUACAGUAUAAGACGGCACUUCCGGGUAUGUGGCCGAUACGCCUCGACUUUCGCAACGAGGCCGCACGCGACAGCCUCUAUACCAUAGGUGCCGCAGCCGACUCAUUGUACGAGUAUCUGCCCAAAAUGCACGCCCUACUAGGCGGGGUAGACGGCACAUACGAGAAGCUAUACCGUGGUGCAAUGGAUGCGGUGACCAACAACCUCCUAUUUCGGCCUAUGCUUCCCGAUAAGGCCGACGUGCUCUUCUCGGGUGAUGCCAUAGUUGAUGACAAGAUGCCGCCUAAGGUGGACCGCAAGGCUCGUAGCCAGCACCUGGCGUGCUUCGCGGGUGGAAUGUUUGGCUUGGGAGGCAAACUGUUCAGCAUCGACAGCCACGUCGAUAUCGGAGAACGCCUGGCUCGCGGCUGCGGCUGGGCCUAUAAUCAGUUCCCAACAGGGCUUAUGCCCGAGGAGUUCACCAUGGUGCCUUGCGCCUCGCUCGACGGCUGCGAGUGGGACGAAAAGGUCUGGGCAGCCAAGGCAAUAGGUUCCAGCUCGCUCAGAGAAGGAUGGGCCAACAUCGACGACGCUAGGUUCCUCCUGCGCCCCGAGGCCAUCGAGAGUAUAUUUCUUCUUUACCGCAUGACGGGGAAAGAGUACCUCAAGGAUAUGGCCUGGGACAUGUUUAAGAGCAUCCAAAAGUCCACGGAGACGGAGCUGGCCUACUCUUCCAUCCAGGAUGUGACGGCCCUCGGAAAGACUAAGAAGCGCGACUCGAUGGAGAGCUUCUGGACCGCUGAAACUCUCAAAUACUUUUACCUCAUUUUCUCGCCACCCUCGCUCAUCAGUCUGGACGACUAUGUCCUCAACACCGAGGCCCAUCCCUUUAAGAGGCCAACCACUUGA